CUGAGCUUUGAGCCUGUUCCAUAAUUCUGUUCGAUGAUUCUGUUCCAUGAGCCUGUUCCAUAAUUCUGUUCGAUGAUUCUGUUCCAUGAGCUUGUUCGAUGAUUCUGUUCCAUAAUUCUGUUCAAUGAACCUGUUCCCGUUCCAUGACUCUGUUCCAUGAGUCUGUUCCUUCGACGUGUCCCAUCAAAGAUGUUUUAUUGCGAAGAUCACCACUUCGCAUGUUCUCCUCGUCUCACUUCAAUCUCAUAAACGCCAGCCGUCCAAUUUACCCCCCCGGCCCCCACCCCAAAGCAAAAACUCUUCGGAUCUACAGUUUUCACGUGGAUGACCUAUUUUGAUUUCAAAACGUCGAAUUUCGCCGAAAGGUGACAAGUUUGCAGGUAUGCACUAUGUAAAUCUUAAUUAUUGGAUUUUAUAUUGUUGAAUCCAAUUAAUUGUGAAAGAAAUACCCUGAUCUUCUGCAUUAUGAGGGCCAUUGACAAGGACUUUAGAGGAAGAAGAAUAACUCUGGAAAUGGCGAUAGUGCAACUCUCAAGUUUAAAACUCACUGUUUGGCCACUUUAUAAAAUUUGGCACAAAGCAAGACGAACUUCCUGGAGUGUAACCAGAGCAUAAUCAGGAUACGUCUUUGAGCUACACUGCGCAUGCGUCAUAUGUUACAACACCAUGCCGGGUAGGUAGGCGUAGAAGAAGAAAUCACGUGACGUGUUUGGCCAGUUAGACUUCCGGUUGUCUAUUCAGUUCGUAUUCGUUUAUGUUUGCUCUUAUUUAACAUUUAAAUAUACUUGUCAGCUAAUGCUAGUUGCUAAUGUUGACUGAGUGAGUUGUGACGUGGAUGUUUCUUUAGUUUUUUCUCAUGCCCGUUAGCUUUAGCCGGUGUGCUUUACGUUUAAUCGUCAAUAACCCAGUAGUUAGGCAUUAAGUCUGCUUAUAGCACCAUGGCCAGUCCGAUUCCAAUGCAAUGUGUUGCCUCUCUGAGGAAGUCCGGGAUUAAUUUAAGAACUGCUGCUCUGGGCCUCCAUAAGCGGCACUACAGCAGCAAGAAGGAGUCUUCAACCGAGUAUUUGAGCCAAAGUGUCGUGCCGUCGAUGCAUUACCAGAAGAGUUUACCCAGACUUCCCAUACCAAAGCUUGAUGAUACUGUCAGGAGGUAUCUAGCUUCCCAGAGGCCUCUGUUGGAUGAUGACCAGUUCAAAACAACAGAGAAAAUUGCACAGGAUUUCCAGAACGGUGUGGGGAAACAGCUGCACGAGGACCUGGUAGCUCAGGACAAAAGCAAUAAGCACACAAGCUACAUCUCAGGACCGUGGUUUGACAUGUAUCUGUCGGCUCGCGACUCUGUGGUGUUGAACUCCAACCCCUUCAUGUCCUUCAAUCCUGACCCGAAGACAGAGUACAAUGACCAGCUUGUGCGGGCGACCAACAUGGUGUGUUCAGCGGUGCGCUUCAUGAAAACACUGCGAGCUGGAUUACUCGAGCCUGAGGUUUUCCACCUCAACCCGGCAAAGAGCGACACGGACGGCUUCAAACGGUUCAUCCGCUGGGUCCCGUCUUCACUGUCUUGGUAUGGAGCUUACAUGGUGAAUGCUUACCCCCUGGACUUGUCCCCGUUCUUUCGCCUCUUCAACUCCACUCGGAUCCCCAAGAGGAGGGUCGAUGAGCUCUUCACGGACGAUAAAGCGCGACAUCUCCUCGUGAUGAGGAAAGGCAACAUGUAUGUGUUUGACAUUGUAGACAGGGAUGGGAAUUUCGUGACGCCUGCAGAGAUCCAGUCCCACUUGAAGUACAUUUUGUCCGACCCAACGCCAGCGGCCCUCUUUCCUCUCGGGGUCCUGACCAGUGAGAACAGGGACGUGUGGGCCGGACUGAGGGACAAGCUGAUAGCGGCUGGAAACGCAGAGGACUUUCAGAUUGUUGACAGCGCUCUUUUCUGUCUCAGUCUGGACGAUGAGGGCAUGAGGGAUGGAAUCCACCUCUCCCACAACAUGACGCACGGCGACGGAUGCAACCGGUGGUUUGACAAGUCCUUCACUUUCAUUCUGACCCAAGACGGACAGGCUGCCAUCAAUUUUGAGCACUCCUGGGGAGACGGCUUAGCUCUGCUUACCUUUCAGAAUGAGAUCUUUGAAGAAACAUCGGAGCGGCCGCUGGUACACCCGGGCUCAGCUGCUGCUGCCGCGGUGGAUUCAGCCUCUGCUGUGCGCAGACUGCAGUUCAACCUGGACAGCGAGCUGGAGAACGGCAUCAAAAAAGCCAAGGAGAACUUUGACUCACUCGUGUCGACACUCACCAUCGAUGCCAUGGAGUUCAAGAAAGGUGGCAAGGCACUGUUAAAGAAGAGCAAGUUGAGUCCAGAUGCUGUAGCCCAGCUGGCUCUUCAAAUGGGUUUCCUGAGGCAGUAUGGACAGACGGUAGCCACAUACGAGUCCUGUAGCACUGCAGCGUUCAGGCAUGGCCGCACAGAAACCAUCCGGCCGGCCACCAUCCACACACAGCGAUGUGCACGGGCCUUUGUUCUCCAGCCAGGACGACACCGUGUGGAGCAACUGCAGGCCAUGCUGAGUGAAUGCUCUAAAUACCAUGGGCAGCUCACCAAAGAAGCAGCUAUGGGACAAGGUUUUGACCGUCACCUGUUUGCCCUGCGAUACCUGGCCAACUCAAAGAGCGAGCCUCUGCACAGCCUCUACACAGACCCAGCCUACGCUGCCAUCAACCACAACAUCCUGUCCACGAGCACCCUCACCAGUCCAGCUGUGAAUCUCGGUGGCUUCGCCCCGGUGGUGCCUGACGGCUUCGGCGUUGGCUACGGUGUCCAUGACGACUGGAUCCGCUACACUGGGUCCAGCUACCCGACUCGAAACGUCCAUGAGUUCCUGCAGUGUGUCCACAAGUCCCUGGAGGACAUUUUCACUGUCCUGGAAGGAAAGACACUCGGCUAAGAAACAAAUGUUUAGCAUUAAUUGCAUGAAAUUGCUUUAAUGAAAUAGUGGUGAUUGAGACUUUAAAUGUGUUAUUUUAAGAGGUUCUUUAAACUUCAAGCUGUAGAUACAAGCCAUCAGAGAUAUUGUAUCAUUAAAAAAUCACAUACGGUAAAAAUGGCUUUGCAAGACUUCAGUCUAAGUCAGCAGUGUACUUCAGCAUGAUUGUGAUGGUUAGCUGUGUUUUUGUUUUAGGGUUUCAUGAUACAGUGACAAGUCACAAGAUUCAGAGUGCCGGUGAUAUUAUUUAAUUUAUGCAGCAGAUAAACUGCUCUGCAAUACAGAUUAGAGUAUAAAGUCAGCUUCAGUGUCUUAUUUAAAAUGUUAAUUUAACAGCGCAAUUGAUGAUUGUCACUGUAAAGAUCUCUCAUUGAUGUGGUUGGAAAUAAAAAUAUAACACAUA